CAAGGAUCCCUUUAAAUUUCACAGAAAGAGAAUGUUAACUGGGUCCAUAUAUAGUUACGGAUUUUUUUACAUAUGGAAUCGAUUUACUUUGCAUUGCCAUGCAAGUCGUUAAAAAUAUUGCAUUUGUUAUACUUGGUAAUAAAAAUUUAAGCUUCUUCAGCAUAAAAUCAGAUUUAGUUAAAUACAGCUAUAUUAUAUAAAUUACCCAUUUUUCGUUUACAAUUUUUUUUUAAAUUUCAGGUAGCUUGAAAUAAUUUAGUUAAUUCUUUUUUAGAAAACCUAAAAAUGAGAUACUUUUAAUCCAUGUGAAUGUGUUAACACCAUCACAAAAUCAUGCCAACACAGUUACCACCAAAAGAGAAUACGCUUUUUAAGCGAAUUCUGAAAUGUUACGAACAAAAACAGUAUAAAAAUGGUCUCAAAUUUUGCAAGCAAAUUUUAUCAAAUCCAAAAUUUGCAGAACAUGGAGAGACCUUAGCAAUGAAGGGCCUGACAUUGAAUUACCUUGGUAGAAAAGAUGAAGCAUAUGAGUAUGUUAAACGAGGUUUGAAGAAUGACCUAAGGAGUCAUGUUUGUUGGCAUGUAUAUGGUUUACUGCAGAGAGCAGAUCACAAGUACGAUGAAGCUAUAAAAUGCUACCGUAAUGCAUUGAAAUGGGAUAAGGAUAAUAUUCAGAUUUUGCGAGAUUUGUCAUUGUUGCAAGUUCAAAUGCGUGACACUGAAGGGUUUAGGGAUACCAGAUACCAGCUCUUAAAAAUUCGACCUGCACAGCGUCAGUCUUGGAUUGGAUAUUCCAUAUCAUACUACUUGCUUGGUGAACAUGACAUGGCAUUCACGGUAAUGGAGGAGUUCCGAAAAACCCUGUUUCAAGACAAUCAGACAAAAAUGGACAUUGAACAUAGUGAAAUGUUGUUUUACCAAAAUAUGAUUUUACGAGAACAGGGAAAAGAUAAAGAAAGCAUGGAACAUUUAGAAAAAUAUGAAAAGUUUAUGACUGACAAACUUAAAGUACAGGAAAUUAAAGCUACACAGCAUUUGAAGUUAAAUAAUCCAAAAGCUGCCGAAAAAUUGUAUAGAGAGUUAGUAAAACGCAAUCCAGAAAAUCAUUUAUAUUACGAAGGGAUUGAAAAAUCUCUUACCGCUUCUAGUGGACAAUUGGAUGAAACUGAAAGGCUUGCCAUUUUUCUGAAUUAUCGCAAGAAAUAUCCACGCACUGAAUGUCCACGAAGAUUACCAUUGAAUUUUUUAACAGCGUCAGGACAUGCUUUCUCAGAACUUGUAGACGAUUACCUUAGAAAUGCGUUAAUCAAGGGCGUACCACCUCUAUUUACCAAUUUAAGACCGUUAUAUAAAGAGAAGGCGAAGGUAUUGGUUAUUGAAAAUCUUUUGCUUGGGUAUGCUGCAUCUUUGCUUGAACAUAACAAAUUCAAUAUAAAAGAUGACGACACCCAGAAUCCAACUGUGCUGUUGUGGACCAAUUUCUAUCUUGCUCAACAUUAUGAUCACUUUCGAAAAACAAAGCAGGCUUUAACAUAUAUCAAUAAAGUUCUAGACCACACCCCAACCUUGAUUGAAGGGUAUAUGGUUAAAGCCAAAAUUUACAAGCAUGCAGGAUGCUUGCAAGAAGCAUUGAAGUGGAUGGAUGAAGGAAGAUCGUUGGAUACAGCUGACCGAUACGUGAACUCCAAAUGCGCCAAAUACCUACUUCGUGCAAAUGAAAUCACAAAGGCUAUUGAAACAUGCGGGUUGUUUACCAAGGAGGGUACAGCACCUGACGAUGACCUGGACUCCAUGCAGUGCAUGUGGUUUGGAAUCGAAUGUGCCAACGCGCACAAACGUAAAGGCGAGAUUGGUGAAGCGCUUCGCAAAUGCCAUCAGAUUGAGCGAAACUUCAACGAGAUCGUGGAAGAUCAAUUCGAUUUUCAUACGUAUUGCAUGAGGAAAGUAACCUUAUGCGCUUACAUCAAGUUGCUGAAACUCGAAGAUGUACUAAGAAGCCACUCCUAUUACUUUAAAGCUGCUAAGAUUGCAAUCGAGUGCUACAUUGGUCUGUACGACAAACCCUACUCGUCUUCUGAUGACUCAGCAGAAGUAAACAAAGGCAACUUGUCAGAUAAAGAAUUGAAAAAACUAAAAAGUAAGCAGAGAAGAGCUCAGAAGAAGCAACAAGAAGAAGUGGAAAAGAAAGGUGGUGAAACCAAGGAUAGUAAAGAACCUGAGGGGAAGAAGGAAGAGGGAAAAACGAAGUUUGACGCGUCGAUGCUAGUUAAGACUGAAAUACCUUUGGAAGAAGCCAUCAAAUUCUUGGUACCGCUACAAAAUCUCGCACGAGAUCGGAUUGAAACUCACUUAAUGGCCUUCGAAAUUUACACAAGAAAAGGAAAAGUUUUGCUUAUGUUGCAAUCUAUUAAGAGGGCUUUUCACUGUGAUCCAACAGAUUCGCGCUUGCAUGGAUGUAUUGUGCGAUUUUUGAUAAAAAUCAAAGAGAAUCGCGACCAGUACCAUGACACAGUAAAAGCUGUCCUGGAUAGAGAAAUUAAAAUGCUGGUGAAAGGAGAUGAUAUUUCAAAGUACAACAUGCUGUAUCUGCAAUCUCAUCCUAAAUCUCUGCAAGCCCACAUCGCUGUUGCGAAAGGUCUAUUUGCUUUGAACAAGAACAGAAGAAAAGAAGCGCUAAAACUUGCAACAAACCUGUCCAAAGAUUUAACUGAUGUAACUUUAGAGCUUUGCAUCGAAAUUUACGAUUUAUUGAUGAGCGGCGAGUUCGGAGCUACUACUAUUGAAGUGGAAGAUUACAGAAAGAAAUGCCACAAGUUGUUUCCAUAUACGGACAGAUUUAAAGAAGAAGAAGAAAUGCAGAUAGAAGAUGAAAUUGUUUUGACCAAGUGGGAAGCCAAAGACGUCAACAACGAAACUGACGUCAACGGUACGACAACGUAAAAUCCAAAAAGCGUUGUUUCUGGAAAGAAAUUAUAACAGAUGACGAAGCGAUGCAUUUUUUGCAUUUGCCUGCAUAGAGGUGUGGUAGCUGUGAGUAGGGUACGGAACGAACUCGUGCUUCAGUGACCACGUGAAAAACAAAAUUUGACAUUUUUUAUUUUGAUCUUAUCCUGCGUUGUUCUGUGUAUAUUUUGUCUCUUUAUAUGUAUUCACUUUUCUGUUCUAAUGACAUAAAUGUAGAGAAUCAUCUUAGUCCAGUUAUAUAAACAACAUUUUAUAAGCUUUUGAUAUAAACUUGUGCUUGCGUAAAUUUUCAAGAACUGUAUGUUUCCGUAGUGAUUUUUACUCAAUUAAUUUCAAAUGUAUUCUCAAAUGGAUGUAGUCAAUUAUUGCUAAUAAAAAGGCUCUCUUG